CAACAGGAUGGAGGAGCCGGAGAAAGGGAGGGACGGAGAAGGUGGAAACGUUGGACUUAGCAAAGAGAAUGACCAGAGCUGGAUUCCAAAGAUCAUCAAGAAGCGAGUGUGCUCCACUUUCAUUGAGGACUCUUUUAGUAAUGGAGCGCUGUGUCAGUGUGGUAGUGUGCGGCGGUUGCAUGACUCUGUGGCUACAGGGGACUUCUUUGGAGCAGCUAUCGUCACUCAGUGGGACAGCAGGCAGCACUCUUCUGAGUUUCCCACCGAUGCCUACGGGGAACUGGAGUUUGCCGGCGCUGGCCGCAGACACAGUCACUUUCUGCGGCUGUCAGGUGACACAUCACCUCAGAUCAUCUACACCUUGAUGACGACACACUGGGGCCUGCCCUUACCCAACUUGGUGGUGUCAGUGGUGGGGGGUGAAGGCCUUGAGAAGAUCAAAACAUGGGUGAAAGAUGUCCUGAGAAACGGGCUGGUUAGAGCUGCACAGAGCACAGGGGCUUGGAUCCUGACCGGGGGUCUGAGAGAAGGCGUGGCCCGCUGUGUGGGUGAGGCGGUGAGGGACCACGGGGCCGCGGCUCCAGCUGUCUCCAAGAAGAAAGUGAUUGCUGUGGGGCUGGCACCCUGGGGCCUGGUACACAACAGGCAGCAGCUUGUCAAUGCCCAGGGGAGUUUCCCUGCUCGAUACUACGUCCAAAACACAUCGCACGACUCCUGCUGCCUGGACAACAACUGUCAGGCUUUCCUCCUGGUAGACGAUGGUAGUGUUGGCCGCCGGGGGGGAGAGACGGCCUUUCGUGGAAGUCUGGAGGACUACAUUUCCCAUCAGCGCACUGGCAUUUGGGGUAGUGGCAGUAUUGAAAUCCCAGUGCUGUGCAUGCUCAUCUCAGGAGACGCCAAUAUGCUGGAGAGAUUAGAUGUCUCUCUGAGGAAACCUACGCCCUGGCUGGUUCUAGCUGGUUCUGGUCCUGCUGCAGACUUUAUCAGUGAGCUGCUGGACAAUCUCUCCUCUGUUUUCCUCAGUACCACCUCUCCUCAGGCAGAGGGGGAGGCUGCUGAGGGUCUCAGGGCAGAGCUCCGUGACAAGGUCCGUGACAAGGUUCAGAGACACUUCCCAGCUGAAGCUGAGCUGGAGAAACUGGUGGAUAGAGCUCUGAGUAUUUAUCAGAACAGAGAGUUCAUCACUGUUUUCCACGGAGAACAGGAGGGUUCUGAUGAUUUUGAUACAGUUCUCCUCAAAGCCCUUGUUAGAGCUAGUAAACGUGUGUCCAGUGAAGCCAGUGAGUACACUGAGGAGCUGAAACUAGCUGUGGCCUGGAACCGAGUGGACAUCGCCAAAACUGAGCUCUUUAAUGGAGAUAUACAGUGGAAGUAUGAGGACCUUGAAGACUCCAUGACCGAUGCUCUGAUCAACAACAAGCCCCAGUUUGUGCGUCUCUUCUGUGAAAAUGGACUGAAUAUUCUGGACUACCUGACAUACCGCCGCUUGGAAAGCUUGUACUGCUCGCUGUCGGACAGCUCACUGGCCUACAUUCUGCUCCAGAGGUAUCUGAGCGAGAGGCAGGGCCUGGCUGGAUCCCUGCCCAACCUGGAUGGAGCUGAGACUGUGCCUCUGAAGAGUCUGCAGAGUGCACUUACUGGACCCGCUUCAGCAAUGGAGCUCAACCUGUAUGAGGUAUCCCGCCUGCUGUGGGACCUGUUGGGUGAUAUCUGUCAGCCUUUCUACCAUGGACCUUUGGGCCUGAACCCCAGCACCAGCACCAGGAAGGCUCUCAAGCAAGUCAAUAAGAUGCUGCUGGGGGAGUGUAUGUACCGGGACCAGCGCUGCCUCUCACCCUGGUCAGCCCUCUUCAUCUGGGCCAUCCUGCAGAACCACCAUGAAAUGGCUAUUUACUUCUGGGAGAUGGCAGGGGAGUCGGUGCUGAGCGCUCUGGGUGGCUGUAAGAUGCUGAGGGAGCUUUCAAAGCUUGAGAGUGAGACUGAGACCAAGCUAGCCAUGAAGGAACUGGCACAGAAGUUUGAGAACCUGGCACAUGAUGUAUUUGGUGAGUGUUACCAGAGCAGCGAGACUCGCUCCUUUACUCUCCUUAUAAGGAAGUCUCCAGUGUGGGGCGGAGCUACGUGCCUUCAGAUGGCCACUGCGGCUGACGCCCGCCUGUUCUUCAGCCACGAUGGUGUUCAGUCCCUGCUGUCUCAGAUCUGGUGGGGUGACAUGGAGAGGAGUACUGAGGUCUGGAAGCUGGUUCUCACCUUCUUUCUGCCCCCUCUCCUCUACACAGACCUUAUCAGCUUCAGAGCACAAGAGGAGGAGGAUGAGUCUGUGGUGGCCCACCACGGCAGAGACACUGAUAGUCUGGAAGGAAAUGAUGCCACCGUCUUCUCUCUUGCUGACAUUAUACAAAAUGAGGAAGAAGCUGAAAAGUUCAGGGCUCUAAAAGAAAGCCUGAAAGACUCUUUGCCAUCCAACUUUAAGAGACCGCUUAUUGUAUCCCGGUGGAGACAAUUCUGGUUUGCCCCUGUCACCUCAUUUCUUGGCAACGUGCUGAUGUACUUCCUCUUCCUCUACCUGUUUGCCUACGUUCUGUUGGUGGACUUCAAGCCCCCGCCCCCUGACGGCCCGUCCACUCUGGAAUUUGUGCUUUACUUUUGGGUUUUCACCUUAGUGUGUGAAGAGAUUCGGCAGACCUUCUUUGUGGGCAGCACCUUUGUGCUCCAGAGGAUGAGGAAUUACAUCGAGGAUAUGUGGAACAAGUGUGACCUCAUAGCCAUCACUCUCUUCACUUUGGCUCUGUGCUGCAGAAUGUUUCCCUGGUCAUGUAAUUUUGGCCGAGCUGUCAUGGCCAUAGAUUUUAUGGUCUUCACACUACGUCUGAUCCAUAUCUUUGCUGUCCACAAACAGCUUGGGCCCAAGAUCAUCAUCCUUGGCAAAAUGAUGAAGGAUGUUUUCUUCUUCCUUUUUUUUCUGGCUGUGUGGCUCUUGGCUUAUGGAGUGGCCAAUCAGGCACUCCUCUACCCGUAUGAUCCCCGCCCUGAUUGGAUAUUCCGCAGAGUGUUCUACAGACCAUACCUGCACAUCUUUGGACAAAUACCCAUACAUGAAAUGGAUGCCGAUAAAUUGGAGGAAAUAACCUGUACAAAAAACGUCACACGCAUUGAAGCAGGAGAGGAGCCCUGUAUGAGCCCCUACGCCAACUGGCUGGUUGUCAUCCUCCUUGUCAUCUACCUGCUGUUUACCAACAUAGUAUUGCUCAACUUACUCAUUGCUAUGUUCAGCUACACCUUCUCAAAAGUACAGGAGCACAGUGACACCUAUUGGAAGUUUCAGCGUUACAACCUGAUUAAGGAGUACCACUCAAGACCCUGCCUGGCACCGCCCUUCAUCAUCAUCUCACAUCUCCACCUUUUCAUCAAGAGAUGCUGCCGCCAGAUCCCCUCAGUCAAAAGCAAACACUUUGUUCUGGAGUUGCGGGGCAGGAACGCUAGCUGCCUCAACACAUGGGAGGCUAUACAGAAAGAAAACCUCCUCUCAGCUCAGAAUAAGCGGCAGAGGGAAAGUGACACAGUACGAAUUAAAAGUACAUCUGUCAAGGUGGACAGUGUGCUAAAGCAGAUGGCAGAGAUCUGUGACCACGACAGAAGGUUGCGGCGACUGGAGACAGAGCUGGAGUACUGCUGCAGCGCCCUCUCCUGGAUGACAGAUGCUCUGUCUCAAAGUAAUCUGAUAACGGCUGUCCACCUCCCCUCCCCUCCUCAGAGAUCAGACUCGUCUGUUUCCAAGCUAACUCCCUGAACUCCAGGAUCACACACUCACACACUGUUUACUUAAGGGCAUUGUGUCAAAGUGCACCAUGUUUGUUAUUCUGCAAAUCAGGUCAUUUGUUUUACUUUGUUUAGUUCAGAUGUCUGUUGUUUGAGAAAUGCAUUUUAAUUUGGACAAAUAAUAUGCUGAGAUGUUUUUUAACAGUAGUGCCGGCUUGCAUUGCUGUUUGCUACAGUGCGACUGCACGUUCCAGACCAGGAGUCGCCAAAGUCUGAAAUUUCAAAUCUGGGUUUGAGCCCCAGAUGUCACCAGAGUGCCUUAUUAAUAUGUAUGCUAAGUUGAUUAAGUAAGAAAAAUAUCACCAUAUAUGAGAUAAAAUGCUAUUAUAUGAUCGAAAGCUUUUCAAACUGCACAAAUCAUGUUUUAAUAACAAUGUAUCAAAUUACUAAAAUAUGAAAGGGGUGACAAAAAAGAACUAUGUAGUUUCCCUCAGCUUGUCAGAGGUCUUUAGCCUCUUUUAGCUCAUUCUUUUUGUAUUCCCGUCCACACCGUUUUGUUUUUGUCAACUUCAUUUUGCCAGAGUAUAAUCAAUAUUGCAGUAUGAAUGUCGGUUUCAAAUUAUUCCUGUCUAUGUGUAGGUAUUAUCUAGUUUCUAACAAUAGCGCUAAUCUAAACUCCGCUAAAGGCCAUGAUUAUAUAUGAGAUAUUAGACAAGUAAAAUGACAACAAAAAGUGACAAUGAACUGAUAGUAUGUAAAAGAUUACAAGUAACAAUUUGCUUAUUCCAAGUCUCUAUAUCAAUUUCCAUAUGGUUGAGCUCACAGACUAUAGAUGAAUAUAUAAAGAUUUAUUUUGUUGUAGUCGUGAAUUAUGUUACACAUUCAAGUAGCUUCAUCCUUUCAGAACUGAUGGAUGAAAAUGUACUCUAGACCAAACAGUCAGUCGAGUUGUUAAAAAUUAAGGACUCUACUUGUGUUGUAUAAGAUUAAAAGGGUCCCUGUACUUUCAGAAGACAAGGAGUCUUCUUUUUCAUUGUUACACUAUGCACUAUAUUCAUUACAUUAUUCACAAUUGCUUGGUCAGUUUAUAAUGCAAUAAUUUUCUCAGAAUGUAUUAACUUAUUACAUUAUGUGAAAAAAACAUUAUUACAUUAUGCACUCAUGGUUUCUUACAUUAUGAUUAUUAUCACAUUAUGAGCUUUUAUUACAUUUAAAUUAUUACAUUAUGCAAAGUUAUUACAUUGUGCACAGUUAUUACAUUUUGAGAUGCUACAACAAUGAUUUUAUACACACAAAUUUCAUUUUUCUUUUAAGUAAUUAAAGCAAGGCCUUAGGUGCGUUUGUGUCAACAUUUAAUACUCGUGGUUAGAGGUUGUUAUGGUUACCAU